AUAGGGGAUCAACCAAACUGCAUUUACAGACUUGUUUCUCUUGGGUUCCAGAACAGUAAAGAUCUAAAAAUUCUAAUUACAUUUUUUUUACUUGUGAUUUACUGUAUGACAAUAUUUGGGAACUUCUUGAUCAUCAUACUAGUGUCCUAUAACAAAACCUUGCAAUCUCCCAUGUACUUCUUCCUUACACAGUUGUCUACAAAUGACAUUCUACUGACAUCAGUCAUUGUUCCCAACACACUCUAUGUUUCGCUAAAUGAUGGUGGAACAAUUUCUUUUGUUGGCUGCAUCACCCAGUUUUAUUUCUUUGGUGCAUCAGAAACCUUGGAGAGCCUUCUUCUUACAGUGAUGUCCUAUGAUCGAUAUUUGGCCAUCUGUAAACCAUUGCAUUAUUCUGCCAUCUGUAGACCUUUGCAUUAUUCUGCCUUAAUGAAUAUACAGCUUUGUCUGAAAAUAGUUGCAAUAUGUUGGCUUUUAAGUUUGUCUGCGGUUUUAGUUGAUACCAUAACAUUAUCUAAGUUACAGUUCUGUCAAUCAAAUAUUAUUGACCAUUUUUUCUGUGACCUGGGACCUUUACUAGAAAUUUCUUGUUCAGAUACUUAUAUCAUUAAAUUAGAAGUCUUUUUACUAAGCACACCAAUCAUUAUCAUCCCAGCUCUUGUAAUUAUCAUAUCUUACGCUUACAUUAUUUUUGCCAUCUUGAAAAUACAAUCUAAGGAUGGCAGGCAGAAGACCUUCUCCACCUGCAGCUCCCAUUUAAGUGUCGUAAUUAUGUUUUAUGGGACUCUAUUUUGCAUUUACAUUAUUCCAAGUGUAGGAAAAUUAGUGAACAUUAAAAAAUUUUUGUCUUUGGCUUAUACUGUGGUAACCCCUUUGAUGAACCCUAUUAUCUAUGGCCUUAGAAGCCAAGAGAUUAAGAAAGCUUUGAAAUUGUCUUGUUUACGUGUUUUAAAUAAAACUUAA